UGGAACACACACAACAUCUCUCUCCCUCUGCAGCUCUGACCUUCCAGGGCACUGCAACCCAGGACCUGGUUUCCUCUGCUCUACUACUAUUACCGACAGGCAAAAAGAUGCUUCCAUGCAGCCUUAGAACCUGGACAAGAGGGCAAAUCCUUCUAGCGAUGAGCAUCCUGGCUGCACUUGAUACCACACUAGCAUCAGAAUCUUCAACAACUACUGCAGAAAUUGCUGUUAAUGUUACUGCUUCCGCUCAGAGCCUCCCAGGAAACAGUCCUCUUAGUGUGACAGUGCACAGUAGUAGUGAUAACCAAACAAGUACUGCCUCGCCAAUGCUAACCGGACCCACAGUGCACAGUACAGCAGUUAUAGUUUCAGGACCUAUUUCAACAGCACUCGCUGAAACGAAUGGACCAAAUAACAGAAAUUCAACUCAAACAGAAGUUCCUGAAAGAAACUUUACAUCUCCAACAACUAAUGUGAUUGAAGGCAGAGAUCUAGUUUCACAAGGCAGUGAAAAAACCACCUUGAUAAUGACUGAGCCUACAACUCGAGCUGUGCAGGCAACCGACAGAACGACAGUGCCACAAGCUACAAGUUUAAGAAUGGAAAUAUUAUUUGCACAGACAACAGCGGCACCGGGCAGCAUUACUUGCAGAGGCCUUGGGGGCCUCACAUCAACUUCACAAGUGGCCUGCUUUCAGUAUGAAGAAGAAACAACGUGUGAAAAACUUAAUGAAAAAAAGAAAGAGGAGUUAAGGUCUUUUCUUUGUGAAAUAAUAAACAACACUCAGUGUAAUGUAACCAUUCACUCCUCAGAAAUAAAACCAAAAUGCAUUCUUUGGGUCCCAAAUUCAAAAGAUGCAGAAAGCAGGCUUCAAGAUGAAAACUUUCCUACGAAUAACCAGAGACCCACCCAGGUGGAAUGGGGACAAAUUUCUGAUCAUCAGACAAGAUCACAGAAGACUAUGAUCGCCUUAGUCACUUGCGGUGUCUUGUUGGCUUUUUUUAUUCUGGCUGGAUACUUUCUUUCCAACAGAGAGAGCUGGAGUCCUGGAAGACAGAGACUGGGUGAAGACCCGUACUGUACCGAAUCGGACAGCCAAGGAAACACUCUGGUGUCUGUAUCUGCCCAUGCUCAGGACAAACCAAACAGUGGGACCCGGGAGAAUGGAACAGGUCAAACAGUUUCCCCUGCUGCAAGUAAUGGGCAUUCAACUAAGAAACAAACCGUUUCUGAUACUGAACUAUAAGAUGAGUGUGCUAAUAGAUACAUUGUUUGGUUGUUAAGAGAGAUACAGAUUAUGUCAUAUGUUAUUUGAUUAAGCUAGAUGAGGGUUGCUAAAAUCUAUCAUAGCAAUCUAGUACAAUGGAAAACAAGCUCAUUCCAAAUAUAUGUUUCUUCAAAGUGGUGUUACCCUUAUCUUGCCGAUUUUCUAACACCAGACACCAUAAAGGUGUGAAUUAAAGUAAUGGACCCUUAGAGAGUCUGUUUGCAUUAAACUAUCCCUAAUACAUUAGGUGUAUCAAUAAAGUAUAAAACACUCAAAUCUUUUGAAUUUUCUUCAUUGAUACACUUCCCCUAUUCCACUAUCUCCAAUGUCAUAGGAGACAUAGGAGCCUAUAAUGAAAAAUCUAAUUUCAGCCUUGUAAGUAAUUGAUAUGGUUUGGAUAAAGUGUGAAGAUCUUUGGCUCUCUUUAUAUGUACAUAUAAUGGGUAAAAUUAGACAUUGUAAGGAAUAUGCUUUCAUAUUAUAAUAAUACAAUCAGGGCAAAUGCAAAAUAUCACAUUGAUGCAAUUUAUCCAUCAUUUAGUAAGUGCAAGACUGUGUCAGAGUGGGCUUCCUUGCGCCCACCAGAGAAAAUUAUUCUCUGGGUCCAACCCUUACAUCACCAAUGUGUAAUGGGUUUCGAAUUAAAGCAAUAGACCCUAUCGUUAAGUGAUUAUCUCCAAAGGCAGCUCCAAAUAUUUUUCUUUCUCCCCUGGAUCUUUGGAGCCCAUUAUUGUAUCAGAGUCCGGGCCCACUAGAGGAUCUUCUAGUACUAUGGUGGGUCAGUAUGACCCUGGUGCAAGACAAGACAUGUAUUCUUCCAAUGGUGGAUGAUAAUAUUCAGCGCUGUCCCACAUGGACAACAUUUUAAUGGACAGAUCACAAUUCACACUUUUGACCAUCUUUCCUUUGCAAAAUGUAUUUAGUGAACAACCUUCAUUUUCACUAAGCCAAGAGUUGAGACUAGACAAUUUUUUUUUUACCCAUGAACAUUAUUUUAUUAACAUUGUUAUUAUUAUAGUCAUAUCUAUGGGAUGCAGAUUAAAUAUGGUUUAGUGACCAAAAAGUGGCAAUAGGAGUCUGACUUAAAAUCUCCUUAAAUUGGUAGGCCCAUCUGGGACAUUGAUGGCAUAUCGCUAGGCUAUGGCAUCAAUUUUCGAUAAGUGCAGGUACAACAUGCUCACUUGGCUAUUUUCGGAAUUCCUAUAGUGAUGGAUGGAGAGCACUUCACAAAUGAGUGAUGUGCUCUCCUUCACAUUGGGGGCCCCAUUCUCUAGAUAGGAGCAGGUCCCAGAAGAGAUCUGCACAUAUUUGACAUUGAUGGCCUAUUAUAGCAUUCUGCCAUCAAUGUACCAGAUGGGACAACCCAUUUAACCAUGGCCUCAGUCAUAUAGUCUAUUAAGAUAGUUGAAAGAGGUUUCCAGUAUUGUAUCUUAAUGGCCUAUAUCUAGAAAAGGCCAUCAAAAUCUGAUCGGUGGUGGUCUAAUAACAUGCACCCCCACCAAUCAGCUGUUCUAGAGUGGCUCCGCCCUGAAGUACACACCAAAACUACACAGCUCUGGCCAUUCACUUCAAUGUAAGCAGGCCUACAGUAACCAGUUCUAUCUUCUGCACGAUAGACAGAGCUCUAUAGGUCCAAUGCCUACUUCCUUCUAGGGGUAUUCUGAAGCAGCUGUGCUGUGUGUGAGUGGUGUCAAACCUUCAUCAAUCUGAUAUUAAUGGCCUACCCUGGGAGCUAUUCUCGUAUGGUCACAAGACUAAUAUUUAUAACUGGGUGCUGAGCUGCAGUACCAGACAAGAGAGGCACUGAAAUCAAGAAGACCUUUAAAGGGGUUGCACAAACAUUAUUUAUCAUAUUUAUCUUAGGCCUCUUUCACACGGGCGUCAUGUUUUUGGCCCGGAUAAGAUGCGGGUGUGUUGCGUACAUUGUAAUGCGUUUUGCACGCGUGUGAGAAAAAUCUGCAUGUUUGGUACCCAAACCUG